AUGUCCGACGGCUCGCUUCUCAAAUGCGCUCACACCAACCCCGAUGGCGCAAGGCUCCCUGAUUACACGGCGCAGCCGGCCAUUGUCCUCAAGCUCGAGGACGGAAGCGGCAUUCUUCUUCCAAUAAUUGUCUUGGACUUGCCGAGCCAGAUGGCCCAAGAGGCCAUUCGUAAUGUCCCACUUGUGAAACUGGUGCGCGUCACUCACCGCGUGUGCGAGGCGUACUACGCCCGAAUUUACCUCGAGAAGGUAAAUCUCCCUGACCACAAGGUGGGCGAAGGUGGAGGAACGGUAUUCAGCCUUGACCUGAGGCCAUCUGAUGCGAUCAACCUGGCAAUCAGAGCAAGGGUGCCCGUUCAGGUGAACAGAGCCCUGGCGGUUGGGGAUGGCGUGAGAGUCGUCAGCACCGCGCCUCAGCCAGCACCCCGUUCGGGCCGAACAGUUCGCCGGCGCAACUUUGCGCCCACUGAGGAGGACAUGCCUGAUGCGUCAAGCAUGGUGCUACAAGACCUUACAGCGGAGUUCAGACUGCGUCAAGACAUGCAGAAGGCCAUCGAAGAGGAGCGGUUCAGUGAUGCAGCUAAAAUCCGUGACGAGCUCACAGCCUUCCGUAUGCUCAAGGCCAGGCAUGAAGACUAA